UGCGAUGUGGGUUUUUCCACAAAAGUGAGCUUUUUCUGAUAUGUUGUUUAACUCGUUUAAACAUCUUUUCAGAAUCAAAGUCCAAAAAAUGGUAGCUUGUUACAAACAAUACGACACGAUUCCACCCGCACCAGAUACAGUCGAGCUGUUGCAGCAUACAUUGAAGACAGUGAAGACCAGAGCGUUCGUCUUCUGGUGGGUCAUCAACGGAAACGGUUUCGUUUACCACCUGAAGCCACUGUUCAUGAAUGGGAGACAUUUUUCUUUCGACGAACAAAUUUUGUUUGGCUUAGAGCCCAAGACAGAAACUCCAAACUACGAGAUAGCACUCCUCUGCAUCGUCACCGCCGGCACUUACAUCACCUACAUCGUCUCUAACAUCACCAGCCUGCUCAUCAUCACAGCUGGCUACAGCGAAGCCAGAGCACUGACCCUUGGAGGAGAACUCAGGCAUCUUUGGGACGACGCCGAACAAUAUUACAAAGAAAACUUUGAUGACCAAUACAAAGAAGGAACUGAUCCAAAAGCAGAUAAAGAAAUCAAUAAGUAUAUUAGAAAACGCUUACGACGUAUAGCUCAAAGUCACUCUAUAAAUAUAAAUCUAGUUAUCAAUCUAGACGAUAUAUUCAGAGAAGCAAUAGCUGUAGAAUUUCUGCUACUUUCUCUAUCUUUAAUAGCUGAUCUACUCGCAGAUCUACGUCAUACUUAUAUAAUUAUGCCUUUCCCUUUAAUGCAGGUUGGUAUGGACUGUUUUACAGGACAAAGACUAAUGAAUGCAGGUAUUGAAUUUGAAAACGCCAUCUAUGAUUCAAAGUGGGAGAAUUUUGAUAGUAAUAAUAGAAUGAUGGUGUUACUGAUACUUCAGAUGGCUCAGAAGAAUCUUACUUUGUCGGCUGGAGGUGUGGUAGUGCUUGGUUUUGCGUCUCUCAUGUCGUUAUUCAAAAAGAUAUAUUCUGCUUACACUACCUUGCAAUCUACUAUGAAAUAAAUGUAUCAAGAGUUACAAUAAAUUAUAUUUCAUUUCUUAUGCUCUGAAAGAUGGUCAUUCUAAUGUCAUUCUAAAAAUUGUGAAGAAAGUGAUACGUUUCUGCGCCAGCAGCAUUUUACUUUUCAAGUACGAUUUUUUUCGGAUAAGCAAUUGGAGUUUAAAUGGAUUUGUUUUUCUUAAUAAUUUCCAUUCUAAUAUUUAACUCCGCAUUCCAUAAAUAACGAUAUUUUGACCUGAAUGGUUAAUUGAAAGUACCCUCAAGAAAUACUAUACAAAAAUUUA